CCGAUCUCAUCGUUCACUCACCGAUCAGUGGCUGAAACGUUGAAUACAUUGCAACAUGUAGGCUGCAUACUACUCAUAUUGUAAUCUUUUUUUGUUAGGGCUACUCUUAUAUAAUAUGUGACUUAUUUUAAUUUGUCAAUCACUUUAGUGAGCUACAUAACCAUUCGAAAAUGUCAUGGGGUCACGGCAUUAGUUUUUGAAGAGCCAUUGACUUGAUGAAUCUGACCUCUACAAGUACUUUCUUUUCAUUUUUUAGUAUUCACUGCCCAUAUAGUAACUCACAAGUAAUUCAGAAAUUAUAAUAAUUAAUUCUUUCUUGUUAAGUUUUAAUAACUACAUUUCCAAUGUGUCUUGAACUGUUUUAUUUGCUUAUCGGCUUUAUAACCUCAUUCUGUUGUAUUUUGUUGAAUUCUUGCCGGCGUCCUACAAACUAUCCACCAGGUCCGAAGUGGCUUCCAUUUGUCGGUAAUACGCCAUUGCUGAAGAAGCUUAGUAGGAAAUUGGGAGGGCAGCACAAUGCACUUUCAUAUUUGGCAGAAAAAUAUAACAGCAAUAUUAUUGGACUCAAACUUGGCAGUCAGCUUUUUGUAGUUGUAAACUCAGAAUCGCUCAUCAAGCAAGUGUUUGCCAGAAAUGAAUUUCAAGCCAGGCCAGACAACUUUUUCAUACGUCUCCGCUCAAUGGGAGAAAGGAAAGGUAUUACAAUGACGGAUGGCCCACUUUGGCAGGAGCAGCGUUUGUUUGCACUGCUUCACCUACGUGAUUUAGGGUUUGGCAAACAAGCCAUGGAAAAGUUGAUACUGGAUGAGUUAGAGAAGAUGCUGUGUAAGCUUGGUUCGGGCGGUGCAGUGGUGUGGAACGCGGUGUUGGCACCAAGCGUGCUGAACGUGCUGUGGACGCUGGCGGCAGGGACGCCAUUCGGCGACGAGCAAGAUGCGACUCUGACGUCACUGCUGCGACUGAUGGAUGAGCGUAGUCGCGCCUUCGACAUGGCCGGCGGAGUGCUGAGUCAGCUGCCUUGGCUCAGGCAUGUCGCGCCCGAGCUCACCGGAUUCACGCUCAUACAGAACCUCAACACUCAGCUGUCGCAACUGCUCAAGGAUACAAUACACAUGCACAAGAAAACACUUCAAGAAGGUGUGGUUAGAGACUUUAUUGAUGUAUUUCUCCAUCAGAUGUCAGUGACUAAUGGUGGACCAACCACAUUCACAGAAGAUCAAUUGAUCAUGGUAUGCUUGGACUUUUUUAUCGCCGGGUCGCAGACAACGAGCAAUACUCUCAAUUUUGCUCUGAUAAAUAUGGUUCUGCAUCCGGAAAUCUGCAAGAAGGCGCAGGAUGAAAUAGACCAUGUGCUUGGUGACAGAAAAAUAUCAGCAAUGGCUGACAAAAACAGGUUACCUUAUACAGAAGCAGUUCUUCUAGAAUCACAGAGGUAUCAGCAUGUAGUUCCUAUUUCAGGACCACGAAGGGUUCUCACAGACACCAAGCUUGAAGAUUAUCACAUUCCUGAGGGAACAACAGUAUUGAUUAAUGUCAGAGACGUUCAUCACAACUCUGAGAAAUGGGAAAUUCCGGAAGUAUUUCGUCCUGAAAGAUUUCUGGAUUCUGAUGGCAAGUUCUGUCCCCAAGAAUUGUACCUGUUCAGUUGUGGGAAGAGGCGAUGUCUUGGAGAACCUCUUGCCAAAAACUUUGUAUUUUUAUUUUUCGUUAGUAUUCUUAAAAAUUACACAAUGAGUCCUUCUCCUGGAGAGCCAACACCUACGUUAGAUCCAACUCCGGGAAUAACACUUUCUCCGAAAGCCAACUGUAUUCUUCUAAAUCCACGUUAGUUUAUUUAAUUGCAAAUACUGCAAAUUUCAUUAGUGACGAGACAAUUUUCGUCUAGUUUCAAAGUUUUUACAUUUUACUUCUGUAUUUAUAGUAUAUACUUUGGAAAAACUGAUAGAUUUGUUGUUACGUAGUGAAUUUAUGUUAUGCAUAGCCUACAGUAGAAUUUAUUUUUGUGCUAAUUAUUAUGUUCUCAAUAAGUCUUUGGCUAAUUAGGGUGGCUACUAAUGACAAGACUGUGCUGUACAUGUGUGUAUAGUGACGUCCACGUUAUAGUGGAGAAAGAUAGAACAGCGUUGCCGAUUCUCUGCCUUGCCACUGCCUUCUAUAGUAUAUAGCUGAUACCAGUACGUAUAUGUAAUGUAAUAUUAACAGUUCAUUCUUGUUGAAAAUUAUAAAUUUUAUUUUAUUCGUCAAGAAAAUAUAUUUUCUAUAUAUUCAAUAAUAAAUUUCAUAAUUUAGAUUUUCAUAUUUUGUUAAUCUAUAAUAUUAUAAAGGAAGGAAUAGGCUUAUACAUGAUAUACAUAUGAAAUAGGGAUAUGAAAUACAUAUAUGACGCAUCAUCACGUCUGAACCACUCAAUUGAUCAACUUGGAAUUUUUUAUUAAGAUUCUUGUUUCACCGAGGAUGGCUAUAGGCCUAUUUCCAGUUCGUCAAGUUUUCAGUUCAUCAAGUUUUCAAUUCGUCAAGUUUCCAGUUUGUUAUACUUUGAGAAAGGUCAUAGAUUGAAUUGUGUAUUCAAAGGUUUAUAAUAUUCUAUCCAUAUCUUCUCCUUUCUCUAUGAAUAAUUUAUAAAGGAACUAUUUAUAAAAGAAGAAAUUUGCUUAUACAUGUAUGGGAUACGAAAUGCAUGUUUGAUGCAUCAUGGCGUCAGAGCUACUGAACUGAUUAACUUGAAAUUUGGCAUAAAGAUUUAUAAUUUACCGAGGAUGGUUAUAUAGAACUAUUUUUGUUUUUGUUCAUUAAUUAUAAUUUCAAUAAUUGAAACAAAUUUAUUAAGUUUAAGUGAGAUGUAAGCCCAAUAAAAUAGUUUUUAUUGUAACUUAUUACUUCCAAUAUCAGGAUGGAACUGAAGCUGAAUUCAAUCUAUUUGUGCUUUAAACAAACCCUUGCGGGCGGAGCACGGCUUACCUGCUAGUUAAUUAUAUUUUUACAUUGUUGAAAAACGAUCUAUCAAAGUUGAAGAGGUAGAAAAGGAUAGUGUUAUCUGCUUUGUCGAAUGAGAGACAAGGAUAGCAACACCAAUGAUAAUCAAAUCCUGUUAUUAUAACGUAAACCUCACUAUACACACAUGCUCGUCAUGCAUGUUGUGCCAUCAGCGGGAGGCUUCGAACAAAAAACAGCUGUUCGACAGCAGCUUCUAACAUAAAAAAAACCAAUAACAAUAAAUAAACCACUGGAUAAUGAUAAAAAAUAAUUUAAUCUCAAAUAAAGCAGCGAAGAAAAACUAAACAACAAAAAUCGAAGAUACAAAAACCUUACCUCAAAAAAUGUUAUCGAAACCUUUCACUGUGAUGACACGACAAUGUAUGGCACAUGUUCAUCACACUUGUCCUGUCGUUAUUGGCCAUCCUUAGAAAUUACGUUAUGAAUGGCACAAAUAGUUUUAGAAUGCUGUACAAGUAAGGGGAAAUUAUUCGCUGCCAAUAUUCAAUUCUAUUUCUGUUCACUGCUAAAGAUGAGUGAAAAUAGUUUUUUCAUGUUAUUCUCAUGUGAUCUAAAGUUUUGUGAAUACUUUUUUUAACUAGUUAGGCCUAACAAUGAAUUAUUUACCGUACAGUAUCAUUUUUGUGAGUCACAAAAUAGUUACCGUAAUAAUAAGUAUUGUAGUUUUAUACUAUUUGUGUGGUAGGCUCUCUACAUUUUCUCGCAAUAAAUCACAAAACUGUGAUUUGUCGAUAUCUAGUUCCUUAUUCUGGUAGAAUGGUGGUACUAGAUUAGUAGAGGUAUCAUGGUGCUAAAUCAGUUUAUAAAAAAUCCCAAGUUAUUAGAAAUUGUUGUAGCUUCCACACAAAUAACGUGCAUAAAUUUCUCAUGUGUUGAUAGAAUAUAAUUAUUAAACAUUGGUUUAUUUAUUCAUGAGUUAUCAAAUAGUCGUCAUAAAUUUAUUCUUAAUAUAUUAUGAUGAGUCUUACAACUCAACUUUGUAAAAGUUUAUGAAAUAAAUAUUAUUAAACCUCUCUUAAAUUAAUA